CUGUUUCCUAUAGACACUUUGCUCGCAGCGCAAAUUUUGGCUGUGUGUAGAAACACUCUGACGCCAGGCAACAAGAGAAAAUUCGAUCUGUCUCAAUCAUUACCAGUCCGGCACUCACACACACACUCUCUGGCACUUGCGUAUGCGUGUCACCGCGAAGCGCAGUCAACUAGCAAGUAAGAGAAAGAGAGUAAGAGAGAGCGUUGUGCUCGUGGGGCUGGCUUUUUAUGCGAAAGAUCACUCGCGCGCGACAUCACCAACCCACACAUCAAGAGCACGACCACGGGGGAGGCAGACGUUAGUAAUCAGUACAACCUUGUCCGGGCAGAAAGUAACCGUGAGUAACCUUAGCAGCCCGUGCCGUUUGCGAGGCGAUUGCUCGAUUUUUUCGCCGUUUCAUGCUGGCCCAGCUGCUGCUAGCUGUCGUGUUGACCUCCGUGCGUGCGUGCGUACCUGUGUGUGUUGUGCGCUGGAGCAAACGGGAACGGGCGUGGGUACGAGUAGCGAAGAAGAGCGCUUUGAUUCUUCGCACGCACGUCCUCCACCGCCGGACACGAAAUCCGGAUCAUCUGCAAAAUUGACGACGGCUGCGACGGCUGCCGUGGGUGCUGCACCGAUCCAGAAUAACCUCCUUCGAGGAGGCCAGCAACAUCGACUGGGGGCGAAAAGAGCAUUAGCAAGCGUUACUGGUUGGAAAUCGCUUCAAUUGCAUCUAGGAUUUGCCUGUUUUGGAGUCCACACAGCCGCUCAACUAACCAAGCAGCCAGCCAGCCAACCAGUCGCAGGUCACGUCCGUGUUUCAGCGCGCUAUCUGCAAUCAAUUCUGCUCUUUCUUUCGCUCUCUCACACGCGCUCUCUCUACAAAGCGCGGAUCGAAAUUAAUCAAUCAAAGGCGGCGUAGAUGAAGUGGCGCAAUCAUUGGGCCGAUUCACUGUAAGCCAAGCUACCUGUUCCCUGUGGUAGAACGCGUACGAUCGCUUAAUCUACUGCUCCUCCUAGUCAUCAUCAUUUGCCAGCAAUCAACAUCACAAACAACCAACCAAACAAACAAACAAACCAACCGUGCGAGAAUCUUAUCAGUCAAUUGAACAACCGAGACGGCGGUAUUCGACUCGAUCUCGACUUAGUUACGGGUUACGAGGAAAGGGAGGUUUCCUGGAUGCGAAUCGCGUUGCAGGCGAUCGCCGCCGAUGCCCCCAGCUACCACCGCUAAUCACAAUUUUCCGCCGCAAUGCCGAAAUGUGACGUUAAGACCAGGUAUAUUCCAGCCACCUUCGCCUGGACGCUGCUACUCACCACCACAUUCCUAUUUUUCUGGUACCCAUGUCGCCAGUUCUACCUGCAACGGCAUCCCUGGGUGCUAGCCUACCAGGCCGUGAUCACGUUCUUCGUCAUCGCCAACUUUACGCUGGCCACGUUCAUGGAUCCCGGUGUCAUUCCGAAAGCCCCACCGGAUGAGGAUCGCGACGAUGAAUUUCGGGCACCACUUUACAAGAAUGCCGAAAUUAACGGCAUCACGGUGCGCAUGAAAUGGUGCGUCACUUGCAAGUUCUAUCGGCCACCGCGGUGCUCCCACUGUUCCGUCUGCAACCACUGCAUUGAGACGUUCGACCAUCACUGUCCGUGGGUGAACAACUGCAUCGGCCGCCGGAACUAUCGGUUUUUCUUCUUCUUUCUGAUCUCACUAUCGGUGCAUAUGCUCAGCAUUUUUACGCUGUCACUGGUGUACGUGAUGCAGAAGGAGAAGGAAAAGCUGACUCAAGUCGAACCGAUCGUGGCAAUGGUGCUGAUGGCGAUCGUCACACUGCUCGCGAUUCCGAUCUUCGGCUUGACCGGUUUCCAUAUGGUUCUCGUAUCAAGGGGACGGACUACUAAUGAACAGGUGACGGGCAAGUUUAAGGGAGGCUACAAUCCGUUUUCACGUGGCUGUUGGAACAACUGCUGUUACACUCAGUGUGGUCCGCAGUAUCCCAGCCUACUAAAACCGCAAAAGUACGUAGCGCGUCGCUCCAACAAGGAUAGCCAACCGAUCAGUACCAUCACGAACGAUGGCGUUGAGGGUGGCGGUUCAAACCGGCGUCAAUUUCCCGGCCGACCAUCCCAGCAGCAGCAACAACAGCAACAGCAGCAGCAGCAGCAGCAGCAGCAAGAGCAGCAGCAGCACCAUGCUCAGCUACAGCUACAUCAACAGGCAAUGAAUCAAGCCAGUGGUGGUGGUGGAAUCUAUGAUAAUAACCGACACACGCAGGUAAAAACCUAUAUGGAUCAAGGCAAUGGUCACGGUAUACGUACAGUUGGAUCCAGUCAUUACAGUAAGCUAUCUCCGGGCCGCGAGUGUUCGGAUAUCGACAUGGAACCGCAAGCCUCCCAGAGCCGGGACUGUGAACCUACGCCACCGUUGCAGCGCCACGGCUCGAAGAGCAACUUCUUCCUGCCCUCCCUCGACGGUACAGGCAUGUCGAUGCAGUCCGGAGGUGGUUGCGCUGGUUCCGCCAACGGUGGGGACUCGCCACGACAGCAGCAGCAGCAACAACAGCAAAUACGCAUGUAUCUGCCUCGGCACAGCCCUCAUCCCCGGCAGCGUGGUCUCGAUCCGUCGCGCAGUUUCACACCAGAAGGACUAUCCCCAGACCAGUCCGGAGCACUGCCACCGAUGAUCACCAUACAAUCCCAGCAGCAACAACAGCCGCAGCAGCAACAGCAGCAGCAACUACAGCAGCAACAACAGCAACCACCAGGAACAGGAGGAGGGGGAGGAGGUCUGCGAGGAGGUGGACCGACAUCGGUGGCAACGCCGACGAUGCAGCAGCGCAUCAAGGCACUUGGUGUCGCAACACCGCUCGCCAUGUCCAGCCCAGUUCGAAGAUCCAAUCCAGGCACACCGACUCAACCCAGGCGACCGGAGUUCAUUAGCGUUGGACAGCAGCAGCUCGUUGGAGGCAACGGCAGCAUGGCUGGCAACUACUAUGAUAUCCCGAUGCAGCAGCAGCAGCUACCACCGCUGCCCCUGCACCAGGCGUCCGGAUUGCCUCCUCAGCAUACGUUCCACCAGCAGUACCCGGUGGUGCACCACAACGGAGCGCUGGCAGGUAGUAACCACCAACAGCAGCAGCAGCAACAAGCCUCUCAGCAACAGCAACCGCGAGGGCCGUCCGUCGUCUACCACCACGGUAGCCCUCAGCGCCGCUACCUGUCCGAGGGUGAGCUAGUGCGGCAGGGUGCGGAACUCUCGUACGCUCGCAGCAAUCAAACGUCGGACAACAUACGGGAGCUGGCGGGCAGCCCGCAACGGGGCGUCUACCUCUGGAAGGACACGUCACCGGGCUUUAGCCAGGGCCCGGGAGAACCGGGUGGACCACUGUCCGCUGGCCUAAGUGUCCAGUCGGUUUACCAGAACACGUCCAGUCCCUCUGUCGUACCACACCAUCAUCCUCAACAACAGCAGCUGCUGCUGCAUGAACAGCAGUCCCAGCAGCAGCCGGUGACUCCAUUUGGGACGGUUAGUGCCGCCCGGUAUCAGCUGCAACAGCAGCAACAGAGUGCCCUGGGUAACAGCAUCGCCUACCAUCCGGCGCUACGUGGUGGCGUUCCCGUCUUUCCACCUCAACCACCAACAUCGACGAUAGGCGGUGGAGGCCAACCCGGCCCGAACGGCUCGAAUGGAGCCACCGCACCGGUCACCAUUGCUCCGCAAGCCCCAUCGCCGUCCGUCAAGCGCAAAGCGACCCCGAACCGCCCGAUGUCCUUCGUCCGCGCCCUGGAGAUGACCGACUCGAUGGAGAUGACGGCAGUGACGGCAGGCGUCAGCAGCGCCGGUGGAGUCGGAGACGUUGGCCUAGUGUCAACCGUCGGUAGUACGUUGCAGCCGACCGCCUCUACCGGUCCGUCCCAGUCUGGAGCUAGCGGAUUGCGCGGUCCCAACGCGUCCACGUCGCCCGACCAGCGGGCGAGCGUCUAUGAUAUGAACUACGAGAUAUCGGUGUAAGCUAGCAUACCGCCCGUCAUCCGCCGAUAUGCCAAUCCGACAAACCGCGUUCUUGACAGGGCCAGCGUUUGCAAGAUAGGCACGCAGUUCGGCUGCGAUUGUGAAGACAAGAUAGAGCGAGAAAGAAAGGGAGAGAGAGAGAGAGAAAUAGAAAGUGAUCAAGGUAUUAGAGAGAGGGAGGAAGAGGCUCAGAUGUGGUAACGAUCGAAUGACUUUGCGACGCACCAAUGGUUAAUGUAGGCUGUUUGGUUGCGAGCUGUCGUGCGAUGAUGAAGGAUAUGCCGUGGAGUGUCCCAGUUGUGUACCGCUGCUCAGCCCGGCGGCAAUCGUUUGCUUUUGGUGUUCUUCCUUCGCCGUACUCAGCAGCUAUCGCCGAUCGCACGAUGAUGACAUCGAGUACAUAGUACAUACGGAUGUAAGCGUUACUGCCUUAACAACCGCCCAGUCGUCCAAGAGCUAACGGUUCUUCUGCGAUUCUCCGCAGCAAUCCUUCAUGGCCCAGAUGAAUCAUCAUGCUUGUGAGUCCAGGGUUAUUGCAACGUACGGUUAGGGCUAAGGAGAGAAGGGGUCAAUGAGUAAACUGUACUUUCGGUGUAAUACUCCUGUGCACUGUCUGUUAUGCGUGGGGCUGGACGGAAGAAGGAAAAGUGCAGAAAGAAACUUCAAAGGAAAAAAAGAGGGAGGUGUAGGGGGAGUCUCUUUGACUGAAUUGGAGGGGAAAGGGCUAGAGCGGAAACACACAAGUUGGAGAGGGUGCGGGGUGGUAAACAGUAUGUCAAAAUGCCAAAUGCAUCCACUAGAGGAUCCAGGAUGUCUCCAAACUCAAAGUACACACGCACACACAAACGCCCUUGCGAGGCACUUUAACCGGCCUCCAUUGUUGAUAGCGCAUACUAAAUAUGUGCGCUUGUGUGUGUAUGUGUGUGCAAUUCACGAUUCUCCACUCUAGCGGUUUUGCUAUCCUCGUCACUGCGGUGGAUGCUGCAACUCUACACACCCGAUUGUAGAGUCCUCCGAUUACGUAUUAGUGCGUGUCCUGUGCAUCCCCUAUCUCACACUCGCAUCGUGUAUUUUGCUCCCAGGCUCCAUGUUUGUUUGUUUUUUUAAUUAUUUGUUAUCUUUUCAUGCCACUGGGCAGGUGGUAAAUCGAGGAGAACCCGGCGAAGGAUUCCAUCCAUCGAGGAUCCGGAUGCCGAAGCAAAAAGGGUAGAAAGCAUAUUUUGUUGCAAACUAACCACCUCCCCUUCCCCCUUCUUCCCCCUAUUUACUUCAUCCAUUUUUAAAUGGAACAAGUGGGGGGGAGUGUUUUUUAUUAUUAAUGUUCUUGCUUUGUUCCUUUCCUCCGUGUUACAUUCGUGGGUAUUUUUAAGCAAAACAUCUCUGUGUGCUUUUAUUCGUAUCUUUCUUUAGUAAGCCGAUAGGCAGCGCAAAAUUAGGAAGCCCAGGAAAUGUAAUGUUGUUAAGUUAGUAAUUAUGUGAAAUAAAAUGAAAUGAAAACA